UUUCCAGGCCGAGGCCCUGCCGCGGGCGGCGGCUGUGCGGGCUUGGAGCUCGCGCUGCAGCAGGAGCCGGAGCCGCGGGCCGCGGACCUCGGGGCCCCGGGGGCGUGGGCGGGGGCGGCGGCGGGGCUCCCCACCCCGUCGGCGCACAUCCCGGUGCCAGCGCAGAGAGCCACCCCAGCAGCAGCCCGGCUAGAGGAGGUCAUGGCGGCCGCAGCCCUUACCAGCUUGUCCACCAGCCCCCUCCUCCUGGGGGCCCCGGUUGCAGCCUUCAGCCCAGAGCCCGGCUUGGAGCCCUGGAAGGAGGCCCUGGUGCGGCCCCCAGGCAGCUACAGCAGCAGCAGCACCAGCGGAGAGUGGGGCUGGGACCUGGCCAGUGACCAGUCCUCUCCGUCCACCCCAUCACCCCCGCUGCCCCUCGAGGCAGCUCACUUUCUGUUCGGGGAACCCACCCCGAGGAAGAGGAAGGUGAGCUUCGGGGCAGCCCCCGGAGGGGGGGGGUGGGCGCCGUGGCCGAGCCUGACGGCCAGUCCCUGCCCGCAGAGCUCCGGCCAGGUCAUGUUCCGGUGUCUGUGGAAGAGCUGCGGGAAGGUGCUGAGCACCGCGUCCAGGAUGCAGAGACACAUCCGCCUGGCGCACCUGGGGAGGCAGGCGGAGCCAGAGCAGAGCGACGGCGAGGAAGACUUCUACUACACAGAGCUGGAUGCUGGCGUGGACGCGCUGACCGAUGGGCUGUCCAGCCUGACCCCGGCGUCGCCCACGGCCUCCCUGCCGCCCACCUUCCCCCGCCUGGAGCUGCCGGAGCCCCCUGUCCUGACCUCUGUGGGCCCCCCCCAGGCGAGCCACAGUGACCACGCCUACCAGGCGGGCGAGGCCACGGGUGGCAGCUGGGGGCAGCUCUCCGGGCACUCUGGAGGCCUGGAGCCGCAGCCCGCUGAGGCCAGAGCCUGUGUGCCAGCCCUGCCCGCCAGGAUGGGCGGCAGCCUGAGGAAGCCCCGUGGUGAUGCCAAGAAGUGCCGGAAGGUAUAUGGCAUGGACCACCGGGACCUGUGGUGCACGGCCUGCCGCUGGAAGAAGGCCUGCCAGCGGUUCCUGGACUGAGCCCGCCCGUGCCGGUGCAGCCGCCAGGGCUGUUAAAGGAGAACAUAAACUGCCACCUUCUCCCUGCCCCCACGCCCCUCCCACCCCUAGCCUGGGGUGGAACUGUCCCAGGAGGGCCCCAGGGCCUCCCCCAGCUGCAGGGUCUACUUUUUAAUGGGGGAAGGAGGAGUCGGUGAUCCUGGACCCCUAGAGGUGGGGGAGGGGUCCCACCAUUCAAAGUGCCUCUGAGGAAACCAGCUUUUUGCACUAAAGCCAAACCACAUCGCUGUCCCCUUGGCCACCAGAGCCCUGGGGUCGGCCAUCCUCCCUGCCUGUCGGUCCACAGACUUGUCAAAGAUGGGAUGGGCCCAGCUUUGGGGCCAGUCUGCAAUGCACUUUGAGGGGUGUCGGGAAGAGGACUCCCCGUUCGCACUUAACUCGGUGGUUCGAGGGCCCAGGGGCUGACCUUUCACCAUGUUUCGAAGCUCAGGUGUCUCGCGUCUGGACCGCACCAGGCGAGGAGAAAAAUUAAAGAUUUGAGAU